GCAAGCAACUUUCGCAGCUGGCAGCUGCGUCUUGGAAGAAACGCCACCGCCAACAAGUGCUCCGCCCGCAGGCCGACGUUGUCUUUAUCCCCGCAGAGAGCGACGACGAAUCUGCCGACAUUAUCGCCGCGUCGGCUGAAUGGAAGCGAAGACGUGAGUUCUUGCGCGCGCUGAUCUUCGAGCUCGCCUCCAACGCACUUCUACACUGCGAUCACAGCCAUCUCCACCCUGCGAGUGAGCGUCAGUGUGCGUUUGAAGAAAGAAAGAUGACUCCCAAUACGGGCCUCCUCAAUUGCUCCCUUCAGAAGGGCACUCGCUAUGCAGCUACCAUCACACUGUUCUCGACAAGCCUGCUGUUCGUCACCUACAUGGUGUCGCUUUACCGACAGCAUGGCUUUCUCGAGUCUAUCAACAGGUCCCUGGGAUUCGACGUGGCACCUGCCUCGCCAGUCGUGGAGUUCAUGGCCAUGCUGGGGUUCGGCCUGAUCCUGCUCUUCGAGAUGAUGUCAUCCUGGCUGGCGAUUAAGGCAACCACUCUGGAAAGUCGCUGGCUCCUGUUGCCGUUCAUAGGACUCACCACUUGCGGCAUCGUAUCUCCAGCUCUCAUGUCAGCGCUUAUCAUGCUCUCCAGCCAACGAUUCCACUCUAUACCGUUACCCAUCACCACCCUAAUACCCAUAUUUUUCGUCAUCUUGACAAGGACGUACUUCCUGUUGCUGAGCGUGUCCUACUACCGAGAGCUCCAGGAGCGCGAGUCGCGCCAGGAGGAGACCCUGCCGUCAGUGGCGUCCCAGGUUCCGCAGGUGCAUAUCGAUGAACUGCCACUCCACAAGAGAAUGACACCCAUUUUGCUCGACUACUUGCCGAAACCGCCACCGUACGAAGGAUACGACGACGAGUCGCGCGUACACGAAUGCGCCAAGAGCGGAUUAGGCGUGCGCCUUUACAUGUGAAGGUGCACUAUCUAAGUGUUUGUAGCUUCGCUCGUCCAUGAAAUGAGGAACAGUUAGCGUGACAAUUUUUGUAUAUAGCUCUUGGAGUACACAUCUCAUCGCAUGCCACGCCCAGAACUGAAUUCGAGCAAACCUUCACCGUAUGUGACGAAUAGUCUCUUCUCAAGGCGGGUCUUGAAGGUCUUGGUAGAUCUUCGUGCGAUAUCUAGAAGAAAAAAAAAAUAAAACACGGCUGAUCCCUCCGUCAUAGGAGUUGGUAUAACGCGAAAGUGAAAUCUGUCUUGUCUUCGCAUAAGUAUAGUGCUUAUUGAGUAACAACAUGUGAGAGCUUGUACCGUGUAUAUUGGUGUUUGGCAGCUAUAGCACCAUUUGACGUCAAUUCACCUACGCUGACGCUUGGUGGCACAUCUCCAUCGCAAUGACUAAUGCCCACAAUUACGAUUUAAUUGUUGUCGUAGCCGAAGUUGCUAACACAUACUUGGACGCAGCGCAUCAUGAGUGAGUCCCGCGCCAAGAUGGUACUAACAGGCAAAUAAAAUAAAGAGGCGAUUUAUGGCGUUGCGUACUAUACUAUGCGAUAGCUGUAUUUAGCUGUCUCCAUCAAUGAAGAUGAAAGGAAUAGCAAGAGAUGCAGACCUCGAUUAUCGGUUGUUCUCGGUUGGCAAGUCGGUUUAAGCACGGAGGUCAGCUGUUUAAAAUAAAUAUAUUGGGAUACCAUUCGCGAACAUUCACAGAAGACCACAUUUAUGAGGCUGGGAAAAGCACAUAAAAAGUGCAGAGGACGCAUCACAAUCGAGUGUAGCACUAUCGCUGUAGAUGAUUUACUCAGGUCGCAUACAAAUAUUUGCUGAAUUCGAUGAAUCUUCAGGAAACUAUAGUGAAAGACGUCAGCUAUCAUAGGUAUCUGCACGAUAAAAACCCGCUUGCAAUUUACCAUAUGACGCCACUAAGCUAUGGUUAGUCAUUUGACCUCUUCUUUACCAUAAUAUUUCGGUCUUAACGUCCCAGAACUUCCAUACGUGAUCUGUGUUAGACACCCGUAAGUGAAAAUUAGUAGACGGCGACCUUUUUGUGCGCCAGAAUCUCCCGAAAUCACGCAAGAAAAACAAUAAAGUAAGCCGUAGUUUAAGGCCCCCGGAAUUUCGGCCAUCUGGGAUUUUUGACGUCCCCCUAAGCUCAAGUACGUGGGACUCAAGCAUUUUUGCCUCCAUCUAAUAUACGACUGCCGCGGCCGGAAUUCGAUCCCAUGACCUUCGGGUCGGCAGCCAAGCGGAACUCUGGUAUAUGAUCUGUGAACAAUCAGAUAAUGAUGUACAGAUAUUUAAGCUUACAUGUAUGUUUCGUUUGACUGGUGUGAAUCUUGGUUCAGGUUUGCUCGAAGAGUUCUGGGCUGGUAUUGACGUAGCUAUAUCAUGGUGUUUUAUGGUUUUUUUUGUUUUUUUUUAUUUUCUGACUUGAGUACUGACGACAGUUGAGUUCGUCAUGCUUGCAUUCUUUCUUUAUAUACUUUGCCAUUGUAGUCAGUAAUCAAAUGCAUCAUAUUUGCCGACGAUGUUGAACGUGGCGUCGUUACUGUGCGUCAGCGCGUCCAUCUCUCGCUUUGCGCUGACUUUGUAUACGGUCAUCACAGCCGAAACGUUCUUUAUAGCAGCCGAAAUAUGUGUACCGUGAUUAGCGUGGGUCAUACGGGAUGACAACGUUCUGGCGUGCGCAGGGUACUCCAUCAGAAGGGGGUGGGCGAAGGUUCGUAGCAGUGUCCCCAACUCUACGAAGUAAAAGUGUGAUGCAGACCUUUUUAGAUGGCUAGAGGAGGGGGUGGCCCUAGUCACCUAAUAAGAUGUGGUCAUGCCUGUAGCAGCGCGUGAGCACCAGAAGGGGGAUGGGGCUACUAUUGCGCGGCAGUACCUGUCCAAACCCCCGUUGACGUCAUAAACGCGUUGCCUGUGGUCACCGUUCUUGUUCCGUCUUUUUCUUUUUUGUUCUUCAACUUAUCUACCACUCUGGUAUUUUGGUAGGCUUUAUUGAACCUACAAAUCGAGCAAUUGCCUACUGCCUUUAUUUACUGUGUGAAGGCAUGUUCCUACUGAUACGCGUGAAAUCGCGUGCGUUGCACUAUACAGGGUAUACUCCCACGUGCUAAGGAUGCGGUCCUAAUCUGCUUGGGUAGCUCCUAUAGUUGUCUAGAUGCAUUGUGGCAAGCGCGGUGAUAUUGGUAUUGUGAAAGAGUAAUUUCAGUAUUAUGAAAAAAAAAA